GGCAAUAUUGACCUGGAGGCUUAUGAAGAAGGGCCUUUCAGGGAUUCAAUACAGAGGAUGGUCCAGCUCGAGCAGAUGAGACGGCGCCCAUUAACGCUUGAUGAAGAACUUUCUUCAGAAACGACUCCUGAGCUUUCACCAUUCACUGAUCCCCGCCCGGCACAUGCAGAGUAUCGUCGUAGACCGACCCCGUCUCCCAUCGUUCCCUUGAGCGUUCCCUUGAAUAGCGAGCGUAGACGAGGAAUCAGGAGAAACCCAUCUUCUGAGACUGCGAAUAAUUCGCCUGCGCCAUUCACAUUUGCUUCGCGACCUUCAUGGGGUAGCAUACCUAAUGCCAGAGAAGAAGCGCCUACAGUACAUCAUCAUCAUCCAACCCAUUCUCACAACUCGAGUGGCAAUGGACAAAGUCGCCCUUCAUCACCCUUUCGUAGUCAAGGUCCCGUCAUACCGCAAAUGGAAGAGUUUGAUCUACGGGCAAUGUCAUCUUUCACGCAACAUCUUGAUCGCGACAGGUCUCGCAGGAAUGUUGCGAGUGAGACGCAAAGGAUGGACUCUUUCGGGUCUCGAAAUGAAUAUGGACGACUUUUCGGCGGCCCCAACCGAAUGCAUUUUGAUACUGCCUCUAAUCCUCGUCCAAGCACAGGAGCUCCUGUCGAUCCUCCACAUGCUAGGACAAGCAAUACUUUCAUUCCCAACGAGGAUGUCUCUCGUGAAGGACCAAGGGCUGAACAAGGAGAUCGUCAUUCACGUAGUCCCAUCCAAGGACUCCGGUUUGCUCUAGAGAUGUUUCGUGAAGACGGUUUUUCCAGAUCGCGGCCGCGCCCACCUCCUGACCGUUUUGACAUGGACUGGGACCUACCAGAAAUUCCGACGUUGAGCUGGGCUGAGACGGCUAACGAGAGCAGUGGUCCUGGGUUCUCUCCGCAACAAAGACAUCGGGCGGCUAUGCACAGUUUAAGAGCUCGGUUGAGUCUACCUCCUGCAUCGAGAGCGCCAGCUUCGGGUGCAAACCGGCCUCAGCCUGGAGGGACUAGUUUUACAAACCGCUUGGCUCGCGCGUCUUCGCGCAGUCCGCCGCCUCAUCGGCAUGAAAGGGAUCGAUCAUCGAUGGAGGAAAGGCAUGCUAGAAUUAGAGCUAUGCGGCGGGGAAUGCAGUUGCAGAGGAGCACGGAGACUCCUCCGUGGGGUUCGAGGUUUGGCCGUCCUUUGGGGGAUUAUAUGCCGGACGAGGAUUUCGACUCCUCCUACGAGAGUCUGCUUUCUCUUGCUGCGACGUUGGGCGAAGUCAAGUCUAAGGCUACACCAGAUGACGUGAUUGCAUCUCUACCCACUGCUCCAUACAAGGAAUGGGCAACUGAGGAAAGUGAUCAGCGGUGUCCAAUCUGUCUUGACGAUUAUCUGCCAUCAGACCCUGUCCUCAAGCUCUUGGAAUGUUCUCACUGGCUUCACAAAGGUUGUCUGGAGACUUGGCUUCAUAACGCGAAUACCUGUCCUGUCUGUCGUAAAAAGGUCAAACCAUCCCGUCGCGGCCAAUGUGAUGGUAGCCCAGGUGGACCAAGUAGAAAUCGUCGAAGAGAUAGCGAUGAUUCAGAAGAUCGCGGGCCCAACAGGGGCCCAAGUGUCUUUGGGACGUUGGGAACAUAUCCCCCUGGCCCUCCCCCGUGGAGAAUGUGGUGAACAAAAGUGGCCGUGAUCAGUUGUACUAUGUGUAAGAUGAUUUACUUUUGACUUUGAGAAUGAUUUGUUGGCUUGUAUCAAUAUAAGUGUCUUGACAUUUAGUUUUUGCGCACCUCACGUACUACAGUUGAAGUUACUAUAUUAUAUAUUGAUGAUAUUUGUUACAA